AUGUUGAAGUUGAAGUUGCUGUUGAUUGUUCUCGUCUUUGCCGUGCCACUUCCAGUUGCGGUGGGCGGCAAGGUCCGCAAUCAUGGUCUCCAUGCGCUGGCAGAGGAGGAAGGCGUUGAAAACAUCCUGGAGUGUGGCGUGCAGAAGGGGUCAUCCACCGCUGCGUUCCUCAGUGCGCGUCCACUCCGUCUGCAUUCUGUGGACAUCACAAAGAAGAUUGGCUUCGUGGACAGGCUCGAACGCCUUGCUGCACAGUGUGGAGCAACGAGCUUCCAAUUCUUGCAGCAAAGCUCUCUGGAGGUGAAGCUCAAAGGAGAGGGCGCACUACCGGCUCCAGAUCUGCUUUUCCUUGACACCUUGCAUGCCGGCCCACAGCUGUCUCGGGAGCUUUCCCUCCUGGGCCCAAGCGUAAGGCGAUACAUUGUCUUGCAUGACACAGCCACUAAUGCAUUUGAGGAUGAGGGCGCCGAGCACUAUCCCGAUUUGAAGGGCUACAAUGACCAGACCUCUGGCAGCUCUGACCUUCCUUCCUUUCCUGGAUUGUGGGCUGCCAUCAUCGACUUCCUAGUCGCCUUUCCGGAAUGGUUCCUGGCCUUGCGCUGCUUCAACAACUGUGGCCUGGUGGUGCUCAGGCGCUCCGAAAGCGCAGCGAAGGACGCCGAGAGCCGGCGCUGGCUGCGUACAAGGACAGCCUGGACAGUCUAG